AUGCGGCGGAAAAUCCAGUCGCUCAUCGUCGGAUAUGGCGUGCCGGCCAUCUGGUUCACCAUCAACCCGAACGACAUUACGAACCCGGUGAAGCUGCGACUGGCGGCAUACCGCACACGCGAUCCCGACGCGGCCGAGGAGUUCUUAGAAGGCCUUGGGGAUGCGUAUAAGCGGGCACGGCUGGCGAUAUCGGAUCCCAUGAGCUCGGCCGUGUUCUUCCACCGCGAGAUGAAGCUGUUCUUCGAUCAUUACGUGAAGGUCGGUGAAGACUCGAUGCUUGCCGACAUCCACGGGGAGGAUCAGGCGGCGUAUCGCGAGCGAAUCGUCCGAUACAUCGAUAGCGUCUUCUCAGAGGAUCUGGACCAGGAAAGUUUUUGCGCCGUGCAAGCGGAGCGAUCUGUGACGGGCGGUAUUGGUUCCCUGCUGGACAACGCCGCGCAGUUCUCGGCCGCGUUUAUCGAGGAGGCCAACUUCUGUGCCGGCGCGACGCAGGUGCACACGCAUAGCCCGACCUGUGUGAAGUAUUCCUUGGGCAAGGAGGGCGGAAGGGACCUCUGCCGGUUCAAGGCGCCAUGGAGGUUAGUCGACAAGACCGCCCUCACGGCAGACGGGGUGCUGCAGAUCCGGAGGACACACAGCAUGGUCAAUCGAUGGAACGAGGCUAUUGCUGUCGGGCUCCGGCACAACCAUGAUAUUUCCUUCAUUGCGACGCAGCGCAAGACAAUGGCCCUCAUCUAUUAUGUCACGAACUACGCGACCAAGGUGGAGGACCCGGUGUGGAAGCGUGUGGCGGCCGCGGCCGAGCUCCUGGCCGCCUCAACAGGUGAUGGCACGGCAAACGGAGGGCGGGACGGUGGCGGAGACGCUGCCACCGAUGACCCUGUCGAGGUCGUCGCUCACCUUCUCGGAUAUCCGGCCGAGUUCACCGACAGCAGCGCGUGGGCGUACCUGAACUGUUCUCUGCUGUACUGGGAAGUCUUUCGGCGAUGGCGGCAUCUCCGAGAAGCCAGUGGCGCUGCGGCUACGGAUGACACCUUGGAUGAGUCGGUGCUCAGGCGGCCGGGCAAGCACGCUACCGUCUGCCUCGACGGCUACCUGAGCAAGGACUUCACCUACGAUGACGAGUCGUGCUACCGGAGGGCAGCCGUGCAGCAUCUUGCGCUGUUCGUGCCGUGGGAGUCCUUCCUGGGCGAAGGAACAGGUGAGAUCAACAGCAUCUGGGCGCGGGCUCGAGACGCUAUGGCCCCGAGAAUAUCAUGUCUGGUCGACAACGUGCAGCUGCUUCGACGAUCCGCCGAAGACGCAAAACGCGACGCCAAGCAAUGGGCAGCCUCGUCCGGCGAUGGCGACCCGACGGUCGCACACGUCGAGGAGGGUGGAGCAGGCGAGGCGGGCGCGGAGUCUGCAGCGACAUAUCAGCCCAACAGCAUCGGAGACGCAACGCGGCUCAUCGACGUCGUCCGAGGUGCAGUGGGAGCGAAUCAGGUGACGGCCAAGUCGCCGGAGCUCAUGGCAAUGAUACAGCAGCUCUGUCGGUUUCAGCAAUCGGCGCUGCGCUCGACGGCCGAGCUCGAGGCCACGGCGCUGAUCGAACGAGGGAGAGGCGUCCAUCGCUUUUCUGAUAAUAUGCCGCCAGCUCGAUUUGAUGCAGCAGACCCACGGGGCGAUGCCUGCCAGCUGCGCCAGUUCGUCGGUGGCGAGGGCGGUACCGGCAAGUCGCGAAUCAUCGAGGCACUCGUCGAGCUGUUCAGUAAAAAGAGCCUUUCGAAUCGUCUGCUGAUCACGGCGACGUCGGGGACUGCGGCGGCGCGGAUCAACGGCAUCACGAUCCACUCCGCCUGCGGGUUCACUAAAGACCAAGGGGCGGGGGGCGCGAACAUGGUCAAAGACCUUGACGGGGUGCGGCUGCCGAAACAGGCGGAGCGGUUCAUCCACGGCCAGUCUCGAAUGGAUUGGCAGGAGAAGGAUGUGCUCGUCAUCGACGAGGUGAGCAUGCUCGGGGCGCGGACGCUGCACGCCGUGAACGAGCGGCUUCGCCGGCUUCGCGGAUCGCGGCAAGAUUUCGGGGGGAUCCCCAUCGUCCUCUUCUGCGGAGAUUUUCAGCAGUUCCGGCCGGUCAAGAGAGACAACUCGUUCAAGGCCGAGCAGCGUCACCAGCACGACAAAGCGCACGCACUGUGGAAGAGGUUCACGACGGUCGUCAUGCUGGACGAGCAGAUGCGCGCCGCCGGCGACCCGGAGCUGCAGAGGCUGCUGAAGCGGAUCCGUCUAGGCGUGCAGGAUCGGACGGAUCUAAACCUCCUCAACUCAAGGAAUCGGUGGAACCUGAACAUGGAGGCGAGCCUGGCGUUCCGGGUCCAGCAGCGGUCGACGAUGCGCAUUUUCAUCUCCGAGCACAAGUGGAAGGAGGAGCUGCCGACGGAGGAAGAGGCGAUCAUGAUACUCAACCAGGGCGACGAUAGCGCGAUCCCGGUGCCGGCCGUCUUCAUGUUCGUGGCCGGGAUGCCCAUCGUCGUGAACCACAACACCCACCAGGGGCUGAAGCUAGUGAACGGCGCGAGCUACUCGGCGGUGGAGGUCAUUGUCGACAAGGCGUACCCGGGGCAUCGGAUCUCGGCCGAUAUGACGAUCCACUUCGGGCCGCCGGCGGGAUCAUUCUCGAAUCGGAGACGACGAGAUAUCUCCACUUCGUCGGGAUGCCGCCGGGCACGAUCUUGUUGA